AAUCAGUUUCUACCGGUAGUCCAAGUGAAGUACUCUACUACCAACUACCACGCUCGGAAGCCAUUUUCCCCAUCGUCGCACGUGACACACCUUCACUGCCAGGUAUCUGUGAGUCAGCGUCCGCCGCAUGUUAACUACGCUACCCCAUAUACGGACUAGUUAGCGUGGCGUGGCCAGGCAGACGUCUGGCUGAAGCGAUGAGCUGCAAGCUGUUUGCUCGCGGGCGCGUUAACCAACCACCACCAUCUCCGUUCGCGAAGCUGAAGACUUGUCAACUUCUUCUGUGGAUCCAUUAGAUAUCUGGAGAAUUCUCCCCUUCCGCUACCCAGCCAAGCUGCACGCACCCACGCAACCUCCACGUCGGGCGAUCCACCACCCGCCCACCGCGAUGCCCACGCUCGACGACCUCCCGCGCGAAGUCCUAUACGAGAUCCUAUCGCACCUGUCACCCGUUUCCGCCAGCGUCCCCUCGCUGUGUCGCCAUGCCUUCAGCGCGCUCUUCCUGAGCAGCCGGUCCCUGCACUCAGCGGUAGAGUCCUACAGCCUGCACCUGCUCACGAAGCUAUCACUCGCGUUCCCCUCCUCCCCCCGUGCCCGCCUCAAGGCGCCCUACACGCGCACCUACCUGCGGCAUGCGCACAUGCGCUGCCGCUUCUGCGACCGGCGCACGCGGUGCGUCGCGCGCGUAUUCAACGAUGUGCGGUGCUGUCGGCGGUGCGACACGCGGUGGGAGGGGGUGACGAUGACGGAUGCGCGGGCGGAGUGGCGGCUGGGGCGCGACGAGCUGCUGGCCCGGUGUCGCUGGGGCACGUAUAUGGUCCAUAGUGUCCGUGCGACUAUGCUGCUGGAGGAGGAUGUCAUGGCACUCGCCAGGGAGCGCCAUGGUGAUCUCGACGCGUGGAUCGAGAAGAGGACUGAUAAGUGGAAGGAGAGGUAUCGCGUUAGGAAAGAGGCGCGGGAUAAGCGGCAGCGGUUGAGGGAUCGCGACGCCGCCGCGUAGAGGAGUGGUACAUACAUACGGCUUCUCGGCUACUGCCGGAUCGUGAUGGCGAGGUCUUCAACGCUGUUGUUUAGAAAUGGAAAUCGUGUUGACAUGACUGCGCAUAAGUUCGCUUUCGAGUACCCAUGAAUGUCAUGCUGUCGAGCAGAGUCGCCACAACCGUCAACGACGUCAAGCACAUCGUAAUACCGGUGAUUUCGGCAGCUUGGACGUCGGGACGAUGCGACGGCAGUGCUGCACAAGCAGAUUUCAUCGGCUCUGUGAAUCUUGACAUUCGUGGGACUUAUCGACAAGUCGAAUCUACGAAGAGUACUCCGGUAGAGUAUCUACUGGCAUUGGCACUGAUGGCAGCCAUGCAUUCGGAGUCACUCGACGACGAUAUUCCGGGUACGUGAUUCAUUAGCAGUCUCUUAGGCUCCGUUCAUCUCACCAUUAUCUCAUCCUGCUACCACA